UAUAGUGGGGGGGUUAAGGUAGAAGAAAGUACAUUUUACAUCAAAGUUCAAGCUUCCAAAGUUGGCGUCACUGUGAUUUGGAACCGUGAAGAUUCAGUCACGGUGGAAAUUUCCAACAACUACUUUAACCGUACUUGUGGUCUUUGUGGAGACUUCAAUGGUGUUCCGGUCUAUGAUGAGUUCAUGGAAAAUGGUUUGAAAAUCAGCUCAGUUGAAUUAGGAAAUAAAUACAAAGUCCAUCUACCAAAUGAGGAAUGUAAAAACCUCCCUGUUGAAGACAAUGAGUCAGAGGAGGCAAAGAAUAGGACUGAGUCAUGCAAAAAAUUUGAAACCUUUUGUAGGGAAAGGUUUACCUCAGAUUCCUGGAGUUCAUGCACCCACCUGAUUAGCCUUGAAGGUUUUAUCCAGGCCUGUGUGAUUGACAUGUGCACCUGUAACAACCCCAGCAAUGAAUCAUGUCUCUGCAGCACAAUGUCUGAGUUUUCUCGUCAGUGUUCCCAUGCAGGAGGACAGCCUCCAAACUGGAGGAGACCAGAUUUUUGUGGUAAACAUUGUCCCCACAACAUGAUAUAUGAAGAAAGUGUUUUUCCUUGCAUGGAUACAUGCACACAGGCACACACAAGAUCAGUGUGUGAGGAGCACAAAAUCGAUGGCUGCUUCUGCCCUCCUGGAACGGUGUUUGAUGAUAUAUCUGACAAAGGCUGCAUCCCUCAGUCUGAAUGUCAGUGCAAACACGACAAAAUCUACAGCAGUGGAGAGGUUUAUCAAAAUGACAACACUAAC